CAGGUAAUUCUGUGAAGGCGCCACUGCUGGAGUGCGACAUGAGCUUCCCACCACCCCCUCCACCACCUCCACCUUACAACCCACAUGGCAGGCCGCCCCCUCCCCCCUUUCAACCACAGGGCUUCGCACCCCAGUAUUAUCCAGCUGGUUCCCCAGUUGUCCCCGGAACUCCUUAUCCAGGAGGAACCGCUUCCCCUUAUGCCCCCCCAGCGGGAUAUCCUCCCUAUCAGGGACAACCCGAGCCAUACCACCAAUGUCCGUCCCAACCUGGGGAUGAUGAUAAACGAUCCAAGAAGCGCAAAGAGUGCAAGAGAAUUGCUGCCACUGUUGGAGGGACGGCUUUAGGACAAAUGAUCUGGUUGGGCAUUAAAUGCACUAUUGAAGAACUGGUUCCAUAGAGCCCCCACCCUGAAACAAAUAAAAAUGAGAUGUUACAUUUGUUUUGUUUUAAUCCUCGAUUACUAGGAAUGUAAAGGAAACAGAAAGUUUUUUUCAUUGUCAAACUCUGAGGUGGAAGGAUAUUUAUUAAAGAUUGUGUUAAAGCCUUUUACUUGGACCAUGACCUCUAAUGCAGAAGCAAUUUUUUAAAGCCACCUUUUGAUAUGAUUGAUUAAAUUUGCUAAUAGGAUAACAUUGGUGUAAAUUUGGUCUGUUGUAUGAAAUAUGAUAAUUUUAUGUAUUUAAUGCAACUUUUAUUGAAACAAUAGAGGACAGAUUAAUCUGAAAUAAAGGAUACAUAUCCAACUAUAACAAACCAUGUUAAAGUUUAAAGACUAAAAUGUAUUAAAGCUCUUUACAAAUUUAAAGUUGUAUCUUUACAAAUUUUUGCUUUUUCAAGUUUGUUUUAUUACCUGAACUGUAAUAUACUUAAUAAUAAAAUGUCUAAUAACAAAAACAA